CAUUGAACCCCAAUCAAUGCCCUCGCAAUGAAUCGUCUCCGAGAGCGCUUUCGGCGCCGCAGCAGCUCCACCAGCAACAGCUCUAACCGGCCACUAUCCAAAUCACCUACGCUAAACCCCGCCGACAGGCGCAGAAGAAGCACCCAAACCUCCGUGCAUCAGCCUCCCGUGCGCCGUCUGUAUGUCACCUCCAGCUCGGAGGACUUCGACGCGCGCAUCCUGCACCGCUUCCGGGCGGAGGGCUUCAAAGUCGAGUAUCUGCCUUUCGUCGAUACCAGUGAGAGCCCGGAGAAGAACCGCAAGGAACUAGAGCGGUUGUUGAAUGAACGGGAGGAUGAUCUAGAGCCGGGGGAGAAGUUCGCUGUUGUUGCAUACAACCGCCCCGCCUACCACCUCCUCUGCUCCCACCACCAAUCCACAACAUCCACAAACCCCUUCCCACGCCUCUGCGCCCUAGUAACCUACUACCCGGACAUCCCCACCGGCCAACAAGACUGGCUAUGUCCCUACCAAACAAACGCAUCGUCGCCGCCGCCCACCGUCUUCCCAGCCUCGACAACCUCCACAGCGACGGCCUCGUCGUACGACAUGCUCUCUCUCCUCCCGAUCCAGAUCCACCUCCCAGGCCAGCAGAAGCCCUCCCUCUGGGACGACUACAGCACGCACCCGCUCAAGAAGCGCCACCGCUGCCACCUGUUCUUCUACCCGGAGUCAGAGGCAGGGUUUGCUGAGCCGACUUCCUCCAAGGGUUCCCUGUCCUCAUCCUACGACGCCAUCAGCGCCCGUCUCGCAUGGACCCGUUCCCUCGAGUGCCUCAAGCGCGGCUUCGGCUGGCCCGGCGGCACCUGGGCGACUCCCGACAUCGAAGACCUCUGGGAACAGUACUGGCGCAAGCUGCAAGAGACACCACGCGGCCAGGACCCCUCGACAAACACAGACAGCCCCAUCAACCUAGCCCUCACCAACGAACCCGACACCGACGCCGACAUGGACACUUCGACCCCCCUCCCAAAACCCCGCCUCAGCUCAACAAGCUCCCCCCCUCCCCCCCUCACAACAACAGCCAACAACAUGGAACCCAACCUCCUCGACCUAGACCCACACAUAGAGUGCUCGCCCACAAUGCUCGGCGGGUCCAAGACCACAACAGUCGCCUCCUUCUACGCCUCCGAAUUCUUCCCUGCAGGCCCACCCAGCCAGAAAAUGCGCCUCCUCUCCCGCACAGUAGGCGUCGACCGCGUUGUCGACGAGCUGCUGCUCACAUUCACGCACACGGAGGAAAUCCCCUGGAUGCUGCCUGGUGUGCCGCCGACGGGGAAGGACGUGCGCGUGCUGCUGGUUAUGACGGGUAGCUUUGUGGGCGGGCGGAUGGCAAGGUUAGGGGUUUAUUGGGAUCAGGCGGGGGUGCUUGUGCAGGUGGGACUUUUGGAUCCGAUGCUUGUUCCCGGGGGGUUCAGGGCGACGGGGAAGAAUAGGCGCGGCUCGGAAGGGGUGGAGAGGUUGCCUGUUGUUGGGGUGGAGGGGGUGGAGAGGAUGUUGGAGGAGUAG